CCCAGUCAAAGCAGCUCCUGCGCAUGGGUGGCAAUCACGUGCCCCAAACGUCCGGCGUUCGCCACGCCCCCCAGUUUCCGCGCGCCUCUUUGGCAGCUGGUCACAUGGUGAGGGUGGGGGUGAGGGGGCCUCUCUAGCUUGCGGCCUGUGUCUAUGGUCGGGCCCAUAGCGUCCAGCUACCCGGGACCGAGCUCGGGUAUAUGGCGCCGCAAGAACUGGCUCCGGGGCCCCGAUAACGGGCCGCCCCCGCAGCUCCUGGCCUGCCGCGAGGACCUCCCCUGAUCUGAGAAUGGCUACCUCUCGGUAUGAGCCAGUGGCUGAAAUUGGUGUCGGUGCCUAUGGGACAGUGUACAAGGCCCGUGAUCCCCACAGUGGCCACUUUGUGGCCCUCAAGAGUGUAAGAGUGCCCAAUGGAGGAGGAGCUGGAGGGGGCCUUCCCAUCAGCACAGUUCGAGAGGUGGCCUUACUAAGGCGGCUGGAGGCUUUUGAGCACCCCAAUGUUGUUCGGCUCAUGGACGUCUGUGCCACAUCCCGAACUGACCGGGAGAUUAAAGUCACCCUGGUGUUUGAGCAUGUAGACCAAGACCUAAGAACUUAUCUGGACAAGGCACCCCCACCAGGCUUGCCAGCUGAGACCAUCAAGGAUCUGAUGCGACAAUUUCUAAGAGGCCUUGAUUUCCUGCAUGCUAAUUGCAUUGUUCAUCGAGAUCUGAAGCCAGAGAAUAUUCUGGUGACAAGUGGUGGGACAGUCAAGCUGGCUGACUUUGGCCUGGCUAGAAUCUACAGCUACCAGAUGGCACUUACACCUGUGGUUGUUACCCUCUGGUACCGAGCUCCAGAAGUUCUCUUGCAGUCUACAUAUGCAACACCUGUGGACAUGUGGAGCGUUGGCUGUAUUUUUGCAGAGAUGUUUCGUCGAAAGCCUCUCUUCUGUGGAAACUCUGAAGCUGACCAGUUGGGCAAAAUCUUUGACCUGAUAGGGCUGCCUCCAGAGGAUGACUGGCCCAGGGAUGUCUCUCUACCCCGAGGAGCCUUUCCUCCAAGAGGGCCCCGCCCAGUGCAGUCAGUGGUGCCUGAGCUGGAGGAGUCUGGAGCACAGCUGCUGCUGGAAAUGCUGACUUUUAACCCACACAAGCGAAUUUCUGCCUUCCGAGCUCUGCAGCAUUCUUAUCUUCAGAAGGAUGAAGGUAAUCCAAGUGAGCAAUAGAGUGGCUGCCACAAAAGGAAGUGAAGCUGCCAUUUCCCUUCUGGACACUUGAGUGGAAAGAACCCCACUGAGAAGGCAAUCUGUGCCUUCAUCUCUGAAGCUGUGGAGAUUCCUCUUCCAGCUUUUUACAGAGUAUUUUGCUGCCUUAAUGACGUUCCCCUCCUACCCCUCCUUUUGAGGUUUCUCCUCCUAUCCCCUUUUCUAUCUACACUAAGGGGUAUAUCCCUUAUUCCCCUACCUACCUUGAUAUCAGGGUCCUUUUUUAUACAGGAAAAACAAAACAAAACAAAGAAAUACGGUCUUUAUUUUUUUUU